AUGCCGCGUGGGAAGUCAUACCUACGUUCUGAAGCCGCUAAGAAGCGCAAUGUUGACCAACUCACGCUCAGAGUUGGUCAUGCACAGCCUUCCGCUACAUUUUGUGGACAGCGUGGCACAGGCUUGCGCCACAAAGUCCGUAGAUGGCCAGUGAGUGUCUAUACUGGGCGUAGUCACAAGCUGGUCAUCCCUGAGGGAACUCCAGACAAGAAGUUCGUUUUGCUUGUUGGAGACUCCCAUCUUCGCGCUGUUGCUGAUGGGAUAGUCAAAAUGCCAGGAGAAAAGCUGUCUUUUGGCAUUAUGGCGACUCCCGGUGCCGACGCUAAUCAGCUGCGUACAGAGGUUUCACAUGCGGUGAUUCCCCUGGUCCCAGACGCAGUCUGUAUUAUGGCCCCCAGCAACAACCUUACGGCCAGCCGAACCGUUGAUGAAGCGGGACAGGCUUUUAGCCAAUAUUUGAGGACAGCGUGCGAACGCUGGCCGAAGGUCUUUGUGAUGGAUUUUGUCCCGCGACUUACGGUCUCAGGGGAAUACCAAGAACUCAUGCGGCAGGAGUUCCACCGUCAGUCAGUACGUCUGGGUGUCAAGUAUUGGCACAUGGCUGACCAUUUCCCCCUGGGACGUCGGGAGUUGUGGUGCCCUGAUGGUAUCCACCUUAGUGAUAACGUUGGGAUGCCAAUCCUUGUGCAGUUGCUGUGGGGUGCCGCCUACCAGCAACUGGAGACACCAGCACCUGUGCCACCGGUGCAACGCCAGGUGUCUCCUAAGCCAUCUGUGCCAAGGAUUGCUCCCAGAGUGGUUGUGAAGGGGGAGGUACCAGCUACACGUCCACCCCCUUCCGAGUGGACGCUGGUGGAAUCGGGCAGGAAGAGGAACCAUUCGGGAGAAGCUGGGCCUGCCCCUGCUUCACCCAAGAGGAGGGUGGUUCCCCGUCAGGCGGAUGGCACUCCGGUGGCCUUAAGGGAGUGUUUCAUCCCACUCAAUCCUGUCCGGUUCUCUACAUCUAUUCUGGCUGCCGUGGAUAAGUCUUUUCCAUCGGCUCUUGGCGACUUUCCUACAGGCAAACAGCCCUUGCCUGAGGAACCUCAUCGGCGGUCUGCUGUCAUUAAGCAGAAGCGGGUUAGGCAGCAGGUGUGUAAUGUUUCUAAUGCAUAUUAUUUGUGGUAUAAUACAUGUAGCAGCAGGCAUGCCAAAGUGUCAUUAUUAAUGGGGGUUUUCAUGUUUAUAUUUUUAGCGGACACCUCCAACAGACGCAGCGGUGGAAAAGGUAGCGCAAAUUUGUCAAUCAUUUCUGAAUUUUUAUUGCAUUUUGUUAAUGAAGAACAUAGUCUGUUUUUGUCAUGUUAGUUUCACUGAACAUGAACUAAAAAAGCAUCAAUAUCAUUUUACUCUAAAAAUGAAAGGAAUGGAAAUCUAUU